AUGGGCUACAGUAAUCGUUGUAUUAAAUCAGCAGCUGUGUGGGCGGUGUCCCUGCUCCUGCUGGGGAUUCUGGGGGCUUCCGCAGCUUCCCGCCUCAGCACCCGCUACGACGAGAACAAGAGAGAGAUCCUCAUAGUAUCCAACGAAGCAAUAUCACCAUCCAGCGCCAAGACAGAGCUGGCCGUUGCCUCGGUGUCUAUGUGGGUGAACACAACCAAGACGGUUCUCAAAAGCUGCCAAAACAUCCUCACCAGUCACGUCUACGGUGGCACCGAGUAUGCCGAACAGAUUUUCCUCACUGAGCAGAGAGCGUACGACAACUACGCGCACGUCACCGACCAGACGCGGUAUGCAGGCAUCGCUGCACGCUACUGGCUGUUCUUCGACGGAAGAUUCAACUACUUGGGCAAGCCGACGGGAGUCCCAGACGAGCGCAUGGUCACACACCCGGUCUGGGCCACUCUGGCGCGCUACGACAUCGGCGUCAACGACUCUUUAGUGAGGGACCUGGCCAACGAGAUAAUCGCCAAUGGAUUUAAGAACAGCCACAUCGAAAUAGACGACAUUUGGGAGACCUGCUACGGCAGCCUCACGUUCGACACAAACCUCUUCCGGGACAUACGGGCUCUCACAGAUGAACUACACUCGUUGGGCUUCCGAGUGACGCUGUGGAUUCACCCAUUUGUGAACCGAGGCUGCGAGUCGUACUAUUCGGAAGCCAUGGAGAAGGGAUACUUUGUGUCCAACGUAAACGGCAGCACAUUCACGCGAUGGUACCAUGGAGUCACCGGUGUUGUCGACUUCACCAAUCCUGAAGCAGUGGCUUGGUGGACCAGUCGACUGUGGGCGCUCCGCAACGAGUCAGGGAUCGACUCGUUCGAUUUUGACUACGGCGAGGUAAGUUUCUUGCCGAAGCCGUCCACCAUAGAGCCCAUAGAGCGAAACCCAGAGGCCUUCAGCGACGCGUAUGCCAAGGUGAUCUCGCAGUUCGGGCCCAUGGUGCAGAUGGAGACCAGCGUAGAGAACCAGCAGCUGCCCAACUACUUCGUAAUGGACAAACUGAAGAGCGACUGGAGCGGCCAGCACGGUCUCAAGACGUUAAUACCCAAGCUGCUACAGCUCAACUUGGUCGGCUGCCCUUUCAUUGUCGGGGAGAUGGUGGGCGGCGGCAACAGCAAGACGUGGUCCGACCUCUACAUGCGUUGGCUGCAGGCCAGUGUCUUCAUGCCGGUCGUAAGGUACUCCUUCACGCCGUGGGACUUUGACAACGAGACGCUGGAGAUCUGCCGCAACCUCACCGAUCUGCACACACAGUACGCGCCGCGAAUGCUGGAGCUGAUGCAGAAGGCGGUGGAGGACGGCACGCCGGUCAACUUGCCCAUCUGGUGGUUCGAGCCCACCGACUCCACUGCACAGACCAUCGACUCAGAGUACCUGCUGGGCGAGGACGUGUUGGUGGCGCCGGUGAUCACCCACAAAUCGGUGCGACGCGACAUCUACCUGCCAGGGGCAGCUGGAGGGACGAGGCCGACCCAGAACACCCCACCAUACAGGGCCCCACUUGGCUCCGCAAAAACCCUGCUCCUCUCAACACUCUGCCCUACUUCACCAGGAUCAGCUCCUCAUGGUCUUCAGUGGCUGCAUGUGUCACGUCUUUCUGUUAUUGUACAUUGUAAUCGACCCAUAUGUACAUCGGUGUAA